CUGCCAGCAGUGAUUGGUGGGUCGGUGGGGUAAGAUGGCUGCGCUGCUGCGCGCCGCGCAUUAGUGGCAUCCUGGUGAAAUGACGCAGCCCACAGUUUACGUUCAUUCCUUUCAGCUCUCAGCUUCCCAGUCUCCAUAGCUCCGAUCUCACUCCCCGGCACAACAGUCCCGGAAGACCGCCAGCUGUCUGGCUGUAACUCCUGUGGACCGAGCAGCACCGGUUCCUCUCAGUGUGAGUGCGAUGAGGAGAAGUUUCAGACAGUGAGGCCAUGGGCUGCACCUCAGCCAAGCAGGUGUCGGCCGUGCCCAACGAUGAGGACGGACGCGGCAAGGCGUACAGCAAUGGAGACCUCUACUCAGAUGAAUACAAGAUGAAGGGAGUAGAGGAGGUGAAGUACAUGAGAGGGGAGGAAAACCGGGUGAACGCACGCAACCAAGAGAACCUGGAGAAGAGCAAUGCGGAGCACAGGGGCAAACUGCAGAAGGAGGCGGCUGCAACAAACCUCAAAUCUAGUAUUCACACGUCAGAGAGCCAGCAGGAAUUUUUCAGGAUGCUGGAUGAGAAGAUUGAAAAGGGGCGAGACUACUGUUCGGAGGAGGAGGAGGAGGAAGACGGGACAUAGCACACCGGCCCCCACAGAGUCAAACCCUCCCCCCCACAGACAGCCUCAUUGAGUGUGUGUGUAUGUGUGCUUGAAAGAGAAAGUUUUAAUCAGUGUUUUUACAGGGGAGGCAUUGGGUGUGACAGGACACCGUUGGUGUGUGUGGGGGUGUGGAGCUUUCUGGACCUAUGGCAGUGAUUCUUUAAGUGCAAAUCAAAGAAGGUAUGGGACAAAGUUGACCUUCGUCACGGAAUACAACGCUCAGCACCUCACUCCUUCAGGCUGACGCAGAGACAAUGGACAGAUUGUCGUCUGACCUGUUGGGUCAAGCAAAUACUUCCUUUAUUCGGACUUCGCCGCCCUCCACCUGUCCGUCUGUGUUCGUCCGUGUCCUCCUCAGUGGCAUGACCCUAUAAAUAUAACUCAUGCAGUGGGACUAAGGAACCUCUGAGUGGAUAUCCAUUAGAGAUAAGUGUCUCUGUGGGUGUGUUGAGGACUGGAAAACCCCUGAAGCUGAAAAAAGAGGAAGAUUGUGGUGGAUCUUUGCUGAACUUUAUAGUCCGACUACCUUCAGCCAAGCUCGCCUUGUCCACAUGGGCUGAAAAGGAGAGGGAGGAGAAAGAGGGAUAAAUAUGGAAUAUUUUAAUAUGAGAGUAAGGAGGGAGCUAGUAGUUUAGAAACUCCUGAAUUCCUCCUUCCUUUUUAAAUCAAACAUGGUUUAUUGUUUUUUUAUUUUAUGUCACAGCCACCUAUUCAGGAUAAACGUAUCCCUUUUUAAUGUUUGACCUUAUCUUGGUCUUUACUUCCAUCAUAGUCUGUCAUUGUCUUUUUCCAAAAUGAAGCUCCAAACUUUAGCCCUUCCUCCUUUAAAGCGCCCUGUCUUACACACACACGCACACACACACGAAAGAGGUUUUUUAUGUUUUAUAUAGAGAAACACAUUCGCCUUAUUUCUGUGUGGAAGACAGAUGUCACACUUUCCUUACACACAUUUUAUUAUCCCAUUUGCAGAUGAAUAUGUGCAUUAAUCAGAGGUACCCAUAGAGCUUAUUUCUGCCAUCAGUCACUAUUCACAGUUUUACAUCCCUUCAUAAACAUUAAAACAACAAAAACUUGGAUGAGCUUCAAGUGAGAAUUUGUGGUUGUUCCUGAAACACACCUAUUUUUUUGUUGUUGUUUUUUCUUCCACCAUCUUUACUUGGAUACGCCCUGUUGUAUAAUUUUUGAAUAUGUUUUAUUUUCUAUUAAAGAUGAAAAUGUAGGCGC